UGGCCGCCAACAUGAGCAAAUCUAAUCGGUUUCGGUUGAGCAGUUUUCAGAUAUUUGAUUUACUGUUUAAUCAGCGAAACAUUAAUGAAUUAAUAUGUCUAUUUACCGUUGUCCUUCUUUUAACGUGUACGUGUCUGGCAGACGAUGGCUACGAGAUGGAUGACUUUUUAAAAAGGGAGUACUCGCUUACCAAACCAUACCAAGGUAGCGUUGGGCUAUCCGGCAGAAUGAUUUUAUCUUUUGAUUUCCAGACAAUGUUCACAAAUAUUGACAUUUGUCUUCUACAAAAACAGUAUUGAGUUAUUCAGCAAGUACUUACUGUAUAGUUAGCAUUAGCAAUUGUCUUUAACGUUACGAGAUGGGGAUUGGCAGCAUAGUGUUAACUCACCUCGCUAACAAGUGUCACCCGCUUAAUAGGAUUGCAUUUUAGUAUUGCGCAAUGAUUCCCAAUGCGGGAAGGUGGUAGAUUAGUGACAGUAAAAUAAUACGGUGUAGUUAUGUAAAUGUUGUUGAAAUGUAUGGAGAAUUGUGUUAUCCAAGGUGGAUCACCACAAUAAACAACCAUUUACUACUGACAUUAUGCGUAGCAAACUAGGUACUUUACAAAUGUAGCUUUUGCAUUGGUCUCUCUAAAAUGGACAAAGAUCGGUUGAAGAAGUGCAACAUUUACCUGGAACUAACUCUGCAGAUGGCACUACUGGGUGAUUUGAAAAGUCAUAGUCAGUCGAUCAAUAAUAUAAUAAUACUUUUAGCAAAAUGUUUAUCAUUAAUUUACAAUCUGUAGAAACUAUGAGAAUAGAAAGGUUCAGAACCUUUGUGAAAACAUCAUGGCAAAUAUAAAUCAAAAAUGGAUGGUGUUGGGGGAUCGAUGGGCGGGGUUGAGUGGAGCUGAAGGGUGGGAUUAAAAAACAAAAUAACUAAUGUAAAAUAUGCUGUAUCAGUAAAAUGUAUAUGGGUUCGAAACUUUUGUGGAAACACAGUAAAAAAUAUAUGGCAAUGUAGAAAUCAAGCUGGAUGGGCUUCGGAGAUGGAUGGGAGGGGUUGAUGGUAGCUGAAGGAUGGGAUUAAAACAAACAAAAGAUAACUGUUGUAAAGUGUAUUGUGUCAGUAAAAUGUAUAUAGUAUUUAGAAGGCUAAGUGUUGUUAUCCAUUAGUUUAAUCCAAUUAUGGGAGGGAUGGUAGGGUUAGGGGAAAAUAAUAAAGGAAAAUAUAUUUUAAAAAUAUACAUACAUGGGUGAUUGGAAAUCAUGCAGACAAUUACAUUAAUGGAAUCUACAAUCUAUCUGCACUAUUAAAGCUGAUCUACCCCCUAAAAAAUAUAUAGUGAUUUGUUCUCAAAGGUGAGCUAAAUUAUUCUCACAUUGCUGUGAUACAAUGGUGAGACCACUGGACAAAGACGCCUAUAUCAAGUUAUGCAUAGUGAUUAAUUGUGUUUGUGUAGGGUUGGGCUCCUCCAGUUCCUCCCAUUGGGACCUGAUGGGCAACGCCAUAAUCACCACUGAGCAUGUGCGACUGACCCCUGACUUGCAGAGCAGACAAGGAGCAGUGUGGAGCCGCGUUGUGAGUUAAGCUCUCUCCAUCCCCAAGUAGAUACCAGCACCCACCAGCACACUACUGCUUAUCCUUGAACAACCCGAGACAACUACAUCUCUGCAUUGUUAAGAACACUGACAUCAUAGUUUGUAGUCUGUCACAAAAUAUGGCAAUCACUUCACCUCAUUUGUAGUAACACUAGCAUAAAUUAGGCCUAUACUUUCUGACUACAUGUACUACUCUAUAUAGGACAUAGCAUUAUGACAGAGAGCCCUCAGGUAACAUGCUGUGCCACAACCUGCUUUUCCUCAUUCACUGUACUGUCUGUCUGCCUGUAUGGUCUCCUACUGCAGCCCUGUUACCUGAGGGACUGGGAGCUGCAGGUGCACUUUAAGAUCCAUGGCCAGGGGAAGAAGAACCUAAAUGGAGAUGGAAUGGCUCUGUGGUACACCAAAGAACGCAUGCAGACGGGUACUGAGCUUGCACUGUCUAUCACACAAACCAGGGUUUCCCAAAAGGUACCCUGUCCCCUAUAUAGACACUACUUAGGGCUCUGGUCAAAAGUAGUGCCCUAUAUUGGUAAUAUAGGGUGCCAUUUGGGAUGCACAUCAAGGUACAAAGAUUGAAGAAAGUCAGCAUGGCCUCCCUAAAGUGUUGACUGCUGGGGUUUAACACCUGCAGGUCCUGUGUUUGGAAACAUGAACCUCUUCACCGGCCUUGGAGUGUUUGUGGACACCUACCCCAAUGAAAAUAAUAACCAUGAGGUACUCCACUCCCCUCCCCCUCUGCCCAAUCCCCCUACUCAGAUCAAAUAGCCUACACUAACUCGCUCACUCCUCACUCACUCACUCACUCACUCACUCAGGUAGACAGCCCCCAACACUUAUUUCACAUGGGAGUCUGUCUAUUCCCAAACAGUGAUUGUGUGUAAUUGGUUUGGGUGUACAGUCUUGUGUGUUUAUGCUGCAUCCUGUGUUUCCUUGCUUCCCUCUUGGACACACAGAAGAAGUACAACCCUUCAACUCAGGUAGCUACAGUAACCUAUCAGCCAAGCCCAGUCAUUUUCCCCUGAAUUGAAAGUUGCAUGUUUUGUUUAUUUCUAACAUCAUCACACCACCAUCUGUCCCAUCCAUGUCGGCCAACCCACAUCAGUCACGUGUUUCUGACUUGUUUGAUGGGUGACAUGUCUCAUCUCUCAUCCAUUUUGUGCAAUAUGUGGUAUGUCAAAAUACAGACUAGUGUCAGAAGUUGUUCCUGUUUGCCUGAGAAUAUAACUCUGGCAGUGCUUCAUGCAUUUAGUCAGUGGUUGUGUCCGAAAUGGCACCCUAUUCCCUAUAUAGUGCACUACUUUUGACCAGAGCCCUAUUUGGGCCCUGGUCAAAAGUAGUGAACUACAUAGGGAAUAGGGUGCCUUUUUAGAUGCAACAAGUGUCACUGAAUGACAAACGUCUGGCAUAUCACAACUACUUCUGUUUGUCUCUGCAGAGGGUGUUUCCAUAUGUGUCAGGUAUGGUGGGGAACGGGACUCUGGCUUAUGAGCAUGAUCGUGAUGGCCAGUCUACAGAGCUUGGCGGGUGCACGGCCCUAGUGCGCAACAUCCCCCAUGACACCUUCCUCCUCAUCAGAUACACCAAAAACAGACUGACGGUGAGAGAAACACACAGCACCACAUUUAAUAAAGUAAAAGGUGGCUGUUAGCAUUCACUAACAUAUUGACCUAUGUUUGACCUCAUGUCCUACAGAUACAGAUUGAUGUUGAUGGUAAACAGCAGUGGCGGGACUGUCUGGACCUACCAGGGGUGCGGCUGCCUCAGGGCUACUUCUUUGGAGCCUCCUCUGUUACUGGAGACCUGUCAGGUACUGGUCUGGUCCUCUGUCUGAACAUCUCAGAACAUCACUGUCUCUGUUACUGGAGACCUGUCAGGUACUGGUCUGGUCCUCUGUCUGAACAUCUCAGAACAUCACUGUCUCUGUUACUGGAGACCUGUCAGGUACUGGUCUGGUCCUCUGUCUGAACAUCUCAGAACAAUACUUACUUUGUGGUUCACUAUCUGCAUUAUUCUCAACCAUUUUUGGAAUACGAUAAGUUCAUAGUCAGAUCUAUGUCAAUUCUGAAUGGAGAAUGGUGGAGAGCCCGUGGUGUAGCGGUAAUGCUAAAGACCUGGGUUCGAUCCCCGCCUCCACCCUUCCUACUGUGCUCCCUCUCUUUUUCAAGUUGUCUGAAUAAAGUGUGAAAUGUAAAAAAAAAUAUUAGAAACAAUUCUGAAUGUUGAGUUGUAUUCAUUUCUCCCUUCCUGUCGAUUUCCAAGACAACCAUGAUCUCAUCUCUAUGAAGCUUUACCAGCUGACCGUGGAGCGUCCUCAGGAGGAAGAGGAGGAGGAAGAGCUCACUGUCCCCAGUGUUGAUAACUUUGAGCAAUUGAACAAAGGUAAGAUUAAACAAUGGCAAGGUUUUCACGUCUUGCAUGCAUCAUUUGAUAGUUUUUGCAGAAAUAGUUUUUCAGAAAAGGUGUGAUAAUUGUUUUUGGCCGUCUAUUUCAAUUUAUGUAUUUGAUUUGAAUGUCUUAAUUUCCAGUUUCAAUGGAACUGUAGCAUGAGAGUUAUUUUUCUCUGAAUCUGCAGAUAGAGCUUCAUGGUUGUGUUUCUUUCAUUACAGUGGAGGUGCAGGAGGAGGGGAUGAGUGGAGUCCAGCUCUUCUUCACAAUAGUCUUCUCCAUCAUCGGUAUCUUUGUACUGGGGGUGGUGGCGGUGGUCAUGUACGGGCGCUGGAAGGAGAACAGCCGCAAACGUUUCUACUGACGGGAGAGGGAGAGAGGGAUAGUCUAUGGUUGCAUCCCAAAUGGCACCCUAUUCCCUAUAUAGUGCACUACUUUUGACUAGGGCCUAUAGAGCUCUAGUCAAAAGUAAUGCACUCCAUAAGCAAUAGAGUGGCAUUUGGGAUGCAGACUGAGAGAGGGGGAUAGUCUGAAGGAGCACAAGAGCCUGUGAAGGAGCACAUAUAGAUUUUUAAACAACAUACAACCAACAUAG